CCGCUUACCGAUUCACAACUGCGACAAACUCUUUUAUGUCCAUCUCAUAUUGAUUGCAUUCACAAGUACACACACAAUAUGGACACGUCUAAAGCUCUGCCAUAAUAUAAGCUCUACAACGCGAACAUGAAUACAAAUUUUUCAUUCCAAAACACAAAUCAAAAUAUUAUACAAGUACAGAGGAAAUUGACAUCGCGAUCUGAGAAGAUAAAGAAUAGCGAACUCUCAGCACGGUUCCUGCUUACACAAAGUCCAAGUGCGUUCACACAGCAGGCGCGUCAUUCGCUAGUCGCUACACUGCCGGCAUCGGUUCCGUGUGGACGCUGCGUAGCGCGCUCAGUGCGGCCGGGGCUGCGUGUCAUGCGCCGACGCACUGUGACACACUUGUGGCCGCUCCACUACGCGUCCGGCGAGGUGCGAUAACCGACCUCCUCCACUGUGCCAAGUUUCGAUUUCAUCGCCGCUCUCACUCCGUAGUCGCACGUGUGCUGCAGCAGCCGCGCAUUGGCGCGCCGUGCGAGACGCUCUAGUGAUGCAACCUCUUCAACGACACCGCUAUCAGUGAACGUUGCACGCACACGCACACGCACAUGACGUUCGAAUUUCAACAAUAAUAGAUUUGAUAAUAGAACUUCGGCAUGACGUGCAAACGCGCCGCAGUGUAAACAAACAAACGUGACAUAAACAUUCUGUGAAAGUUUACUUCUGAUUGAUAAUUGUGAGCUGUGAAAAGUGCAACUAUAGAAAGUACUCAUUUGUGAAAAAUGACGUCGCGAUCAAAGGAAAAAGUGGCAGCCGCGUUCCGGAAGCUAUUCCGAUCUCCAGAGAAACUAGACAACGACGGCGCCGGUCCCAGCGGCUCCCCGGCGAGGCGCGGCCUGCUACGUCGACACAGAGAUGGAGUUAGUCCAGCGGAAGCAGCAGCUAGUCUUCCUGCUAGUCCGGCAUCUUCAACACUGGUAAAGAAGAAAACUCCAGGCGCUCAUGAGGUGCGCGAGCGUGCUGCAGCCGUGCGCACGCGCAGACUCAUGAAAGAACUUAAAGAAAUCAAAAGGUUGCAGGAAAGCAGACCGGAUCCAGUAUUCACGGUCGAAUUAGUAAAUGACAAUCUCUUCGAAUGGCAUGUAAGACUACACCAAAUAGAUCCAGAGAGCGAUCUAGCGAACGAUCUUCGCGAACUACACAUUCCAAACAUACUUCUUCAUCUCGUAUUUCCAGAGAACUUCCCCUUUGCACCACCAUUUAUGCGAGUUAUCGAACCUCGGAUAGAGAAGGGAUUCGUUAUGGAAGGGGGUGCAAUAUGCAUGGAAUUGUUAACACCGCGCGGAUGGGCGUCCGCGUACACAGUGGAGGCGGUUGUGAUGCAGUUCGCAGCAUCGGUUGUGAAAGGACAGGGCCGCGUCGCCCGGUCGCCGCCACGACCCUCGUGCGAAUUCUCCCGGAGACGAGCAGAAGAGGCUUUUCGAUCCGUGGUCAAAACACAUGACAAGUAUGGUUGGGUCACACCGGCUCUCUCCGACGGUUGAGCGAUUCAGCUCUUGCUGAUCGCCUGCAAUGCAGAAAGGAUCUCCAAUUAGAUAUUCUUCAAGAAUAAUUUUAUAUGUAAUUAGUGAAAAUUUUCAUAUUGCUCUGCUCUAUGUAAUUAGUUUAGUAUCCACAAUAAGAUUAGUGGAAUAAAUUGUUUUAAAUGUAUGUGUUAAAAAUAUCUAAUACGUUAUAGAUGAAAUUGGGGCGAUGCAAUUGAUCAUUUUGUAUUUUUUAAUUUGAGGUACACAAAAUGAGGUCGGUUAUUACCAAGGUUCGGAAAUGUUUAAUAUAAUAAGUUUUGAGGUGUGGAUAUGGGAAUACGUAGCACCUAUUUACAUAUUAUAUGAGAAUAUUAAAUUGUGGAUUUGGUAUCUAUUUUACUUAUGCCAAAGUACUGGUCACAAACAAUGGAUUACCAAAUUUAUAACGAAGUGUAACUUGCGUAGAUAAACUAUAAUUCAUGAAUGUUUUUAAUUUUAUAAAUACUAAGUAAAUGAUAUUUCCUAUUUAUACAAAAUUUUCAAAGUUUUGAAAAUUUGUUACACAAAAUGGUAAUUAGAUUGACAAUUUCACAAUAAAUGGUAUGUGCUCUAUACCUACGGAAAGAUUUGAACACACAAAGUUCUGUAUUAUAUUUGUGCCAAAUGUAACAUACUUCUUAUUGCCUGCUGGAAGCUCAACUUUUAUCAUGACCAAAGUUCGAUCAACAAAUAAAAUGUAUUUCGUUGUUUUACACAGUUGGUUUUAAGCAUUUUAAUAUUUGCAACAUGGAAUCUUUAUUGAACAUCUAUGAAGAAAAUGUUUCCGUCCCAAAGUCUAUUGAAACAAUCAUUUUUGAUAGAAUAUAAAGUUUUAGUACUAUUUAAAGAUUUCAUACGAACAUCCUAAAGUAAUAUACCAAGACACGUUUCGUCAGUUCUCUAUAUUUCCUAUAUGAAGGAUAUCUUUCAAACAAUGUGCUGCAGUGUGCAUGCUUUGUGUAUUAAAUUGUAGUGAAGUCAAAUUAUUACAACCAAGAGGCAUUGAGUAGAAUAAUGCUCAAAUUAGUAAAUAAUUUUAUUAUAUUGUGAAUUGAAAGGCUUGUGGUAAACUAAAAUUUAAAAUUAACAUUAUAUAAGUAAGAUUUCUCCGAGUGUAACUGAAAUGGCCAAAUUGUUGACAAAUAUAUUGACACCAAUUUGACAAUGUUACAAACAGUUAUACAAGGAUAUUACAUAUAAUAAUAUUUAAAUAUUGAUGUUAUUUGUGUGAUGAACCAAAGAAGUUUUAUUUUUUUGAACACCAUUCAAAAUUAAAUAGGUAUGAUGUAAUGUAUGUAAUAAGUAUAAGUUGAGGAAGAAUCGAAACAGGCUAUUGCUCUCUUACUUGGGUAGUAUAACAAAGUAAAAGCAUAGUUUAUUAAUAAGAUUAUUAAAUUUGCUUCACUCCUGAUCCUAUCUUUACAAAUUGUAAUAUGACUUGGUUAAGGGAGACCGUACAGUCAAAUUGUAAGUAGAUAGUAAGAAAAAUAAAAAUAAAAACCUGCUACAACUUGCAAAGAAUUUAUGUCGUGUUUAUAAUAAAUCCUAAAUAUAAUAAAAUAAAUGUCUAUCAGUCAUCCAAUUAAAUAUACUUAAGAAGUUUUUGUAAAUAGCAGUCAAACUAAAUAUGUUUCUACAAACUUUACAUUCUGGUCCCCCUCAGUUAUAGAUAUUAAAAUCAUCCAUAGUCAUGUAUGAUGUUGUAAAUGUAAUAAAUUACUUGCUCAAAAAA